AUGAUGAACUGCGAGUGCAUUCAAGUCGACAACUCUAUUGAAUCAGUUAAGAAAGCUCUCAAGAUCUUCUCUAAGAACCUCAGACGCGAUUUUCUUGUCAUUCUUGUUAAGAUUAUUGCAAUUGAGCUUAAAACGCAUACAAUCCGUAAGGAUUGGCGUACCAGAGAAGGUUCUCUUGAGUAUCUCUCUAAGAACUGGUUGUUCUUUAGAGAGUGCUUCAGUACAAAACCUGGAUUGUUCUGGUUUUGUACAAACUUCGAUUCAUUUGAAGGUAUACUAUCCAAUAGAGAUUUUGUCAUCUUUAUGUAUAGAAACUGGUAUGAAUACUCACAUUUCAUCUCAACACCAGAAUUUUUAACAUUUUUACGUUCCAAUGCUAGAUUAGUUCUUAAUUGUAUUAAGGACAAAUCUCUUGUUUCCCCAGAUUUCCCAGAGUCCUCCAUUGCUUCCAGUUUCAUAGAAAUGUUGGAUUCCUUCCACCAAAGAAAGACAGAGAUGGUUACAAGGUCCGCCAUAAAGAAGAUAUCCAAAGAUGCCGAUUCCACAAGUCCCGAGAUCCCAGAAGCUCAAUCUCCCACCUCCGAACCUAUAAUUGACCAAAAAUCCCCAAUAGACAUUGCCAUAGAUCAGAUCCUCCAGUCCGUUGCCCUAGAUUCAGAUGACUUGUUCGCAUUCGAUGUCAAUCCUAUCCAUGAAGCCAAAUAUUUAGAUGUUUUUAUGUGUUAG